UCCAAUCAGAAGCCGCGGCUGCUGCGUGGCUUGUGUUUGAAAAAUUUCGCGCUGAGAGUUGCGCCUGUAAAACCGUGCGCUCCGUUCACACUGAUAUGUACUGCAUUAAAUAACCACUUCCGCGCCUUGCUGUGGAUUUUGUAUUUGUUCCGAGAGCGUUGAAGUAAACCAGAGUCGCCAUGUCGGCAGGAGAGGUGUGCAGCCACGUAAAAGUGGUGGUCCGUGUCCGCCCUUUCAAUGCCAAGGAAAUGGAGGGAAACCUUCAGAAAGUGGUGCGUGUGGUAGACAACCACAUGCUCGUCUUUGACCCCAAAGUGCAGGAGGUAACGUUUUUCCGUGGUCAGAAAGCAGGAAACAGGGAUUUGAGGAAAAGGGUGAAUAAAGACCUGAAGUUUGUGUUUGACAACGUCUUUGGGGAGGAUUCGACGCAAAUGGAAGUGUUCGAAAACACCACGAAGGGGGUAGUCGAUGGAGUCCUGAAUGGCUACAACUGCACAGUGUUUGCUUAUGGAGCUACAGGAGCUGGGAAAACUCACACUAUGUUGGGCAACAGUGAAGACCCUGGUGUAAUGUACCUCACCAUGAAAGAGCUAUUCAACAGAAUGGACCUCAUUAAGGAGGAGAAAGUCUUUGACAUGGCUUUCUCCUAUCUAGAGGUUUAUAAUGAGCAGAUUCGGGACCUCCUGGUGAACUCACCUCCUCUGGCUGUGCGAGAAGACGGUACAAAAGGAGUGGUGGUCCAAGGCUUGUCUCUACACCAGCCCAAAUCCGCUGAGCACAUCCUUGAAGCUCUGGAUUACGGUAACAGAAAUAGAACGCAGCACCCCACUGACGUGAACGCCUCAUCCUCCCGAUCUCAUGCAGUAUUUCAGAUCUACCUGAGGCAGCAGGAUAAGACAGCCUGUCUCAAUCCAAAUGUGCGUGUGGCCAAGAUGAGCUUGAUUGACCUAGCCGGUUCAGAGCGAGCCAGCGCCACCAACACUAAAGGUGCACGUCUCCGAGAAGGAGCCAACAUCAACCGCUCUCUUCUCGCCCUGUCCAAUGUCAUCAACACACUCGCUGAUCCGAAGAGUAAGAAGACUCACAUCCCUUACAGAGACAGUAAGCUGACGCGGUUGCUGAAGGACUCUCUGGGCGGGAAUUGUAGGACAGUGAUGAUCGCAAACGUUAGCCCUUCGUCGCUAUCGUAUGAAGACACGCACAACACACUCAAGUAUGCCAACCGGGCCAAGGAAAUCAAGUCCACACUGAAAAGCAAUGUUGUGAGUGUGGACAGUCAUGUCGGACAGUACGCAGUCAUAUGCGAGAAACAGAAAGCUGAGAUUAUGCUGCUGAAACAGAAACUGAGAGAGUAUGAGGAACAAAAGAUGGAGGCUUCUGUCUUCAAUCCAAUCUCCAGCCAGAAAAGAGCUGAAUUUGAAAAAAUGUCCGAAUCUCUGCGCAGCGUGUUUGCCGCGCGGCUGUCGCUACGUAAGGAGCAUUUGGAAAUCGAGAAGCAGUUGAAGGAAAACUGUCUGAGGCUCAGUCACAGGGAGGAGUGGCACCAGCAGGGCCUGCUAUUCUUCCCAGAUGACAAAGCAGAGAAGGCCACCUGUAAGUUCGAGCGUAAGCUGGCGGCUUUGCAGUCUCAACGGCAGCACCUACAGAGGCGUUUGCAGGAAAGCGGAAAGCACUUCGAGGAGAAUGAAGGUUGGCUUCACCGCCUUGAAAAUGAGAUGAAGCUACUUGGGCAUGAUGGACACACUCCAGAGGAGCUUAAAAAGGAGCUGCAAUGCCACAGACUGGAGCUGCAGGUGGCUGAUUUGCACCAGCGUAUCGAGUACAUGCACUAUCUCACCGGUUUGCAAGACCAAGAGAACAAACACACACACAAACUGGUUCACGCUCUUCUUCCUGUCUACCGCCGCCAGCGCCUGGCCCUGCAGGCCGCAGGCAUCUGUACAGACGACACAGGGCAGGAGGAGCUGGAGCACCUGGUGCAGAGAGAGCGAGGCGUGGUGUGGGCCGACCAGGAGAACACGGAAGAGAAGGCUGAACCGGACAAGGCCACUGACAACUCCUCUCUCCAACCCAUCCUGUCUUUCUCUCACCUCAUCACUCACCAGAACACGCCAUGCAGUGCAGAGAAACGCACACGUCCAAACUGUCCACCAAAAGGCCCCAUCCCUGGAGAGGAGCAUGCAUCCGAAACUGUGCCUAAAAUGCCAAUCAGGAGGAAGCUAGCCAUUUCUCCUAUAAAGCCUGCAUUGACUUGUGAAGGUGCAGCGUUAGCUCACUGUCCUCCAGGCCUGCAGGAGGUGCUGCGUCAAGAGGGUGUGUACCCGCUGCCUUAUACCCCUGAGACACAGGCCUCCAGUGCUGCUCCAGUCUCCAUACACCCUGAUUCUACGUUCGAUGUGGUUGUAGACGAAAACGCAGAGGAGACGACUCACGUUAACAGCACCGUAAUCCUGUCUCCCAAAUCACCCGAUCCUCCUGGAGGUUCAGGCCUGAGCCAACUCCGUGUGCUGCGUGCCAAUAAUGCCAUCGAGGCUUCUAAAAGGUUAGAGAUUCCUUCUCUUCUUGACCUUCGAAGAUCCAAACCUUCCUACAUGGCCAUGACAUCAGCAGCACAGGGAAAGCGCAAGCUCAACUGCUUUGGAAAAGAGAUCGGCCCAGAAGCCCCACAGGGUGCUGCAGCUCCCAAACGUAUAAAGCGUGAUCCCUCCGACACCACCAAACCACUCCGUGUGCGCCGUUUUGGAGCGUCGUCCGAGAACGAGCCCAGCAGGAGAGUGAUGCGCAGCAUCUCCGAGGGAAACCUGCACCAGCUCGUCCCUCAGAAAGCCAAAUCAACUUUUCUGGGCCCCGCUGCCUUGUUCAAGAAAGUCACCAAGAGGAUGUGAAAUAAUUCCAGCAUGACCACUUAAACACACACAAGCCUUAUGCACUGAUCGCUUAUUCCUCUCUCACACACCUCUCCAUAUUGGACAUUGUGAGGACCUAAAGGUUUAAACUGGACUAUGUUGAUGUAGUAAAUGUUUUCUUUUUUUUGUUUGUUUUUUUAAAUGUACAGCUUUUAAAAUGAAAGUAAAAUAACUUUGUAUAUAGAAAGUUUCAAUCUAGUGACGUAAAAAACCUGUGAUGAUUUUGUUCUUAGCUCCUCAUGCUUAAUUUUUUUCCCAUCUAGAGAAACAUUUUAAAAUUUCCCCUGUAAGGAAAGCAAUUGUAAUAAAAAGCUCUGGACUCGUUUGUGCA